AUGGCCAACUCGAUCACGGAUCACAAUGCCGACUGCAUGCUGUCAAUGAAUGCUGUGAGAAGUGCAAGAAUACGCUGGAUGAGACGCAACGUUCUGUUCAUCAUGCCUUGGUGUGUGGCCCGUCUUGAGGUCAUUAGGAAGGUCCGUGCCGCCCAUUUGCAGACUGUUAAGAACAGCACACCGCAGAAGGGCGGUCACGCCAAGGUUGACGACCGCAUGAAGCUAAUUCUGCCUUGCGUGAAGAUCAAGGAAUCGCAAUUACAACGCCAAGCGCAUAAAGGUGGGCCAGUACAAGUUCCUUAG